AUGCCGCCGCCCCAGCGACCGCUGUCGAAGCUGGCCAAGGGCGCCGCCGCGUGCUCGCAGUCGGCGCUCAAGUACGGCAAGUGCAUGGACAAGGUCUUUGGAGAUGUCGUUCAGGGCUCGUGUGCCGCCGAGUUUGAGGAAUUCAAGGCUUGUCUGCGCAAGGCGCUGAGGAAACCGUAG